AUGUCUACAUUUGAUAGAUUUAAUAUCCAUGCUCAGUUGGAACACCUACAAAGUAAAUAUCAAGGAUCAGGUCAUGCUGACACAAGUAGAUGGGAAUGGUUAACUAAUAUUCAUCGUGAUACAUUAGCAUCUCAUGUUGGGCAUUACUCAAGGUUAGCUUAUUUUGCAGUUGUUGAAAAUGAACCAAUAGCUAAAAUAAGAUAUCGUUGUCUUCAGAAUAUGUCUUUGCCCAUUGUUCCCAAGAAAAAAAAAAAAAAUUGA